AUGAUUACCCCUCAGACUCCUGAGAACAGUCAACAUCCAUCUCCGCGGACUACCACUUCCCGCGCCAACAAGUCCAUCGAAAAAGGAGGGUGGGGGAAAAAAAACAUGGGAAUCUUCGUCCUCGCAGAAGUCGUCUUCGACACCCUCCGUCUCUACCCCCUAGGCAAAUACACACGAAGCUGGAACAAAGCCUUCACCGGAAGCGAAACAAAAACCCAGCAAAAGACAUGGAUCCAGCAGUACCGAACCGAAGAAUCCAGCUGCGAGCAUCUUCUCCAACGAGAGACCUACCUGAAAGAGGAAAUCGACGCGCUGCAGAAACUUCCCGAAAAGGACCUGACGACCGACGAAGUCGCGCAGAAGCUGCGAGCCAGGGAAGAUGAGCUCGCCAGGAUCAAGCAGGUGUACUGGCUUCAUCGCCAGAAGCUGGGCAAUCUGCAGUCUGGCAAGCCCCAGGGUGGCGCCUGGAUAAGGGAGUUUGAUCUCCAGCAAAAACAGAGGAAGACGCGUCACUGGAAGAAGGAUCGCGAGGCCUGUGAGCUCAGGGGCGGGUGCUGUGAUAGGGAUUGCGGAUGCUGUGAGCGGGCUCGGAAGAUCCUCCGUCCGGAAGGGAAGACGAUGGAGAAGAAGAAGAUGCAUUGCAGUGUGGCGUGUGGAUGCUGUGUUCGGAGUCGUGGGUUUGAGGAUGUUGAUCCGGAACUCAGGAAAUCAGUCCAAUAA